ACACGGAGUUCGUAAAAUCAUCAUGCACAUUCACAACAUACCCAAGACUCUGUGUCACUUCACUCUCAACUCAAUCCAGUCUCAUCCAAACCAGCCACAAGCUCAUAGCUCAUGCGGCUCUCAACAUCACAUUAGCCUCGGCUAAAGCCACGUCAGCAAUGAUGGUACGUCUCUCGAGUAGUAGUCGGCUCAAGCCGAGAGAAGUCUCGGCCAUGAGAGACUGCGUUGAGGAGCUAGGUGACACGUUGGAGGAGCUUAGGAAAUCGAUAGGUGAGAUGGGUCAGCUAAGUGGCUCGAACUAUGAGGUCUACAUGAGUGAUAUUCAGACUUGGGUUAGCGCUGCUCUGACCGAUGAGAACACGUGCUCGGAUGGAUUUGAAGGAGAUGACAUGAAUGGGAAGGUUAAGGUUUUGGUUAGAGGGAGGAUUUUGGUUAUUGCUCAUUUAACGAGUAAUGCUUUAGCUUUGAUUAAUCACUUUGCUUCUAUUCAUGGUUAGAGAGACUGGUAUUUUUUUAUUUUUUUUAUUGCAAUUUCUGUUUGCUUUUGUCAGUUUGUGUGUAUAACAAAUAGUAAUAAUACAAUGUAUGUGUUCGUCUUUAAAAUUCCUGAAUCAAUAUGUACCAGAAAAUGUUUAAUACUUUUUUUUGCUAUCCAUUGUAGUUGUAGAUAUAUCAUUUUCAUACUUUAACAACU